GGCUCUUCCCUCCUGCAGGGCCCGGCAGCUACAGCGUGGGCACCAUGUCGGAGCGCUUCGACUGCCACUACUGCCGCGACCCGCUGCAGGGCAAGAAGUACGUGCAGAAGGAGGGCCGGCACUGCUGCGUCAAGUGCUUCGACAAGAUCUGCGCCAACACCUGCAUCGAGUGCAAGAAGCCCAUUGGAGCGGACUCCAAGGAGCUGCAUUUCAAGAACCGUUACUGGCAUGACAGCUGCUUCCGCUGCUUCAAGUGCUACACGUCCUUGGUCAAUGAGCCCUUCAUGCUAAGGGAGAACAACAAGGUUUGGUGCAGCAACUGCACUGCUGCCGAGGACGCACCCAGGUGUAAGGGCUGCUUCAAGCCCAUUAUCGCAGGAGACCAAAAUGUUGAGUAUAAGAAGAUGGUCUGGCACAAGGACUGUUUCACUUGCAGCCAGUGCAAGCAAGUGAUUGGAUCCGGGAGCUUCUUCCCCAAGGGUGAUGACUUCUACUGUGUUUCCUGCCAUGAGCAUAAGUUUGCCAAGACCUGUGCUAAAUGCAAGAACCCCAUCACUUCUGGAGGCCUCACGUACCAGGAACAGCCGUGGCAUUCAGAGUGUUUCAUUUGUUCUAACUGCAAGAAGCAACUGGGUGGGAAGCGCUUCACAGCUGUAGAAGAUCAGUUUUACUGUGUUGACUGCUACAAGGAGUGUGUUGCCAAGAAGUGUGCUGGCUGCAAGAAUCCCAUUACAGGAUUUGGAAGAGGAACCAGUGUGGUUAACUACGAGGAGGAGUCCUGGCAUGAUUACUGUUUCAAAUGCACCAAGUGUGCCCGUCCUCUGGCCAACAAGCGCUUUGUUUGCCAUAACGGAAAAAUUUACUGUGCUGAGUGUCCCAAACGACUGUAAGGAGCAGACAGCAACUGCUGUAAAAUGGAUU